CUGCUCGUCUGCGAAUCGAUAGCCAGCGUCUGAGUAACACACACACACACACACACACACACACACACACAUGCUGCUGCAGACAGCUCUGCCGGCUGAACCAGCGCCUGCCUGCCACCGUUAGCUCCCAGCAUCCUUCGCUGCUGCAUGCAACAAAAAAUAUGUUUUAGCCUUUAGAUUUGAGCUCUAGUUUACGAAAGAGAAGAAGUGUAGAAAGCCGGCUCACCCUCCCUCCAUCCUCUCUCUCUCUGUCUCUCUCUAGCUCACACACAUCCCCAUCACAUCCACACCCACACCCAAGGAUACCCUCCCUGCCUCUCUGCCUCCGUCUCCGUCUCGCUCACGCUUUUCCUCUUCCCCUUCAACCCCUACAACUACAUUUUUUUAUAUAUUUCCUCCGGGGAGGAGAUGCUCAUCUGACCUCCCUCCUCCCUUUUUCUUCUUCCAAAUCCAAGACUUUUGUGGAUGGUCUCCUCCUUUAAUCUGUCCCUGCUCUGCUACUUUGUUGCUACCUGUGGAGGUUUCCCCUGGUUUUCUGGUUAUUCUCCUGCCAGCCGUCGCACAGAGCGCAGCCCCGUCGAGAGGCACCAUGCUGGGAUUGGACGUGUGUGAGUUUGGGGGUCAGGUGCUGGAGCUGCUGUGGUUAACUAUGUGCUACAGAGGUCUACUGUCUGACAAGAAGAAUUUGUGUAUUGCGGAGGAAGAAGACGACAGAAACCUAAACUACAUUGCUCCGGCCCAGAGGAGUUUGGAGGAGAUUCAUCGACUGGACCAAGAGGACGAGAGUCUGGUCAAGUACAAGCAGACCCUGCUGGGAACGGCAGCAAUGACGGCAGACCCCAAUGUGGCUAAUGUCCAGGUGACCAGACUGACCCUGCUGUUGGACGAUGCUCGUGAACCAAUCACCCUGGACCUGACAGGAGACCUGGACGCUCUGAAGGAGAAGACCUUCACCCUAAAGGAAGGAAUGAUGUUCAAACUAAAGAUACACUUCAAGGUGAACAGAGAAAUCGUCGCUGGCUUGCGGUACCAUCAUGUGUUAUCCAGAAAAGAAAUAACAGUGGACAAGGUGACGCACAUGGUGGGAAGUUACGGCCCAAAGCCAGAGGAGCAGGAGUUUAUAUGCCCGGUUGAUGAGGCGCCCAAAGGCAUGAUGUCACGCGGCAACUAUCAGGUCAAGUCCCGCUUAGUUGACGACGACAAGAAUGUCUGCUUGGAGUGGGAGUGGAACUUCGACCUCAAGAAGGACUGGGAUGAAUAGAGGGAGAUGAUGCUACCUUUCCCGUCUUUCGCUCCUGUUCUUCACCUCCCUCUUUUCCUUCCCCUUUCACCCUCCUCCCUCUCGUCCUGAGAGAGCAGCCUUGCAGCGGUCCAAGACAGGAAGCUCUACUUCUUCUCCUCCUCCUCUUCUUGUCCUCUUCUACUUUUCUUCUUUGUCUGUUUAAUGCAGGGAUCCCUCUCUCUCUCUCUGCCUUCUUUCCCUGCAUUUAUAUUUUUCUUCCAGAUUCUUCUACAACUAUUUCCCAGAGUGUCCACGUGACGAAGCUUUUGGGUCUCCCUUUCCUUUUACUUUCACUUUCCUUUCUCCCACCCUGCCUCCAUAACUGCUUGAGUGGGGGUCUGCAAAAGCAGUCAGUUUGUGGCACAAAGGGAAUAUAAUAUAGAGGCUAUACAUACAUAAUAACGCAUAAUUAUAAACAAUGAAUAUCUGUCAAACAGACAUCCCCAAAGAGAAGAGAUGAAAUAUGUAAAUACAGUGCAUUUGGAUGUUCAGUAGGAAUUAUUCUGGAUUCGCACAUCAGAAAGUGGUUAAAUUUACCAAAAAAAGAGAGUUAAAGCGGGCGCAGAGGGGGAAAAGAUACUGUGUUAGAUGCAGGUCAUGGAGGCCUUAAAACCCUUAGGGAACAAACAUGUUCCACGCAACUCUCCAUUCGGACAGGAAUGCAAUU